AUGUACGUGGUGUUAAUGUCACAGAAAGUUGGUGAAGCAUUUUACCACACCGUUUGGACUGACUUGAAGAACCAGGAUAAAAGAUCUUUAGUAAUGUGUUUAAUAAACGGACAAAGACCUCAAUAUUUAAUGGCUGGGAAGUUUUACAGAUUCACGCUUUUUGGUUUCUGCGAUAGCAGCGAUUACAGCCAAAUUGGAGACUCUCUCGCGUACUGUCGACGAAUAUUUGCGAUAGGCGGUGUGAUGCCACAGCAAGACACUCCGAAACUGUUCAAGCUGAUAGUAUUAUAUUUCCUUUUCCUAAUACUGAUGCAAGUUUGGGACACGUACGACAUUUUCCACGAUUUUGAGCUGUUGGUGGUUAGCGCGACGGAAUGGCCUGUCUCGCUUUCGGCAACGAUAGUUCUCGUUCUUAUUCGCACGAACAAGAAAUUGCCAGCGGUGAUCGACAAAAUCCAAAAUGAUAUAAAUGGCGCGAUAUCGUUCGGGAACGACGAGGAGAAACGACGUUAUCAAAAGUACAACAACAUAUCCGUUUAUUUCGGCAAAUAUGUGUCGCUGUAUGGAUUCGUCGUCGCUUACAUGAUAUACGUUCGCCCCUUGAUAGGCCUGCUGGUUCAUUCUGGUACAGAUGAAGACAACAACACGCAGCCGUACGUGCUACCAUUUCGGGCUCAUAUGUUUCUCGACUACCACUAUAACGCUAAAAUAUACACUAUGUUGUACAUCUACCAAUUUCCUAUUGCGUUUGCGGCAGUGUACCAUGCAGCCGAAGUUAGCCUGAUCGUCACGUCGACGCUACACCACAGGAUGAAAACUAUAGUGAUCGAGCAUCUGGAGUUGUUGGAGUGA